AGCAGAGCCUGUGAGUCAACAGAGAGGGCGUAAGGGGAGGGAAGCUCAGAAGCUGCAGGGUGGUCUGUGUGUAAACAUAAACAAAACCAACAAAAAACUAAAACAAACUCCUGCUACAGCCGUGUUUCAAGCUGCAAUGGACGACGAAGGGUAUUCGAUGAAGGAAGCCCGGAGAAGGGAGCGUCAGUCAGCCCUGGAGUCAGGAGAAACUGACAACGGUCUGUGUGCCUGGAUCCUGGUCAUCUUCUCCGUCAUUCUGAUGCUCAUCACGCUGCCUCUCUCCAUAUGGAUGUGUAUAAAGAUCGUGAAGGAGUACGAACGAGCCAUCAUCUUUCGUCUGGGUCGGAUUCUGAAGGGAGGGGCCAAAGGACCAGGACUCUUCUUCAUCCUGCCCUGCACCGACAGCUUCAUCAAUGUGGACAUGAGGACCAUCACCUUUGACAUCCCACCACAGGAGGUUUUAACCAAAGACUCUGUGACGGUGAGUGUGGACGGAGUGGUUUAUUACCGGGUCCAGAACGCCACACUGGCCGUGGCCAACAUCACCAACGCCGACGCUGCCACUCGACUGCUCGCCCAGACCACGCUGAGGAACGUCCUGGGAACCAAGAACCUGUCGCAGAUCCUGUCUGACCGUGAGGAGAUCGCACACAGCAUGCAGUCCACCCUGGACGAUGCCACAGACGACUGGGGCAUCAAGGUGGAGCGGGUGGAGAUCAAAGAUGUGAAGCUACCUCUCCAGCUGCAGAGGGCCAUGGCUGCUGAGGCCGAGGCCAGCCGUGAGGCCAGAGCUAAGGUGAUCGCAGCAGAGGGAGAGAUGAACGCCUCUCGUGCUCUGAAGGAGGCAUCGCUGGUCAUCGCCGAGUCUCCGUCUGCCCUGCAGCUGCGUUACCUUCAGACCCUCAACACCAUCGCUGCUGAGAAGAACUCCACCAUCAUCUUCCCGCUGCCGCUGGAGAUGAUGCGGGGAUUCAACGCAGCCUAGAAGAGCCUGUGUAGGAUCUGUCCACACUGACACACACUUAUAGCCUGUUACACACACACACACACACACACACACGUGUGACCCUGUGGUCACUGCGUACAUUUUAAUUUGAACUUUGAAGAAUGACAUUUCUCUACAUGCUUGAAUUGCCUGUUUAAUCUGACCAUCCACCACAGAGCCUUCACUCUUCUCUCACUUACUCAUGGUUAGUUUAGGGUUUGCUUCCAGGUCAGAGAUAAUGUUUUAAAGGAUUCAGUAACAACUGGACUAAAAGAUUUAGCUCCGCCUGAUUGGAUGAGGGGUUGGACUUCACUCUCUGCUGCCUGUGUUGGAAGAACAAACAGAUGUUUUUAUUUUAUUUUUUUAAGGUUAACUUUAACUUCUCAGAGAGUAAAAAUGGAGCCAGUAAAAUGACUGCAGUUUAAUUGAAGAAACCAAAGAACAGCUCAGCGUAUACUUGUUGAUAUUCUCAGUCAUCCAGGUCAUCAUAAUAAUCUCCAAAGCAGUUUUAAAGUAGACAACUGGACCCACCUCAAGUAAAUUGAAGACAUUUCUCCUCUCAUCCAAGAGGCUUCUUCAGUUCUACUGUCCAGGUGGGGAGUUUCCAGGUAUUUAUCUAUCCACCCCAGGGGAGGGGGGGUGUGUUGUUGAAAAAAGUGGCCAUGGGCCUAAACAAUAUGACCGUUAAAUGGUCAUGUGGGUCGUUGGCCCCAUGGUCAGAGUAGCAUUCAUUAGAUGAACUGUAGUUUAGAUGUUCCUAAUUCUGACCAGCAGAGGGAGCCCCACACUGACAAGCCACCAGGUUCUUUUUGUGUGUUAUUAUAGAAGUUCUGUUACAGUAUGGUAAUCAGGUCUGACUGUGUUUGAUAAGCUCCACAGUUUGUGAAGAAACCGUUGUCAGUCAGAUUUGACUAGUGUCAAAUAUCUGUCAGAUGCCAAACAAUGCAUUCUAAGUCGCUCUGUAGCAGGUGCUUCAGCCUUAAUCCUUGAAACCUGAGACCAUCCCAUCACCAUCAUCAUCAUCACCAUCAUCAUCAGUACGUCACACAAACCCUGACAGCUGUACACGCACAGACCAACUCACUCACAUGUUCUGUCACCUGCUGCUUAAACCACUGCCAACACCAACACUCAUCAUUUCACUGCCAAACCCUCUGACUCCUCCUCUGAUGUUCCCUGGUCCAUCACACGUUUGCACUGAAGGUCUGAGCAGCUACAGAACCAGCUCAGCACUGGGGAGAAAGUUCAUUCACCAUUUACACAAAAAUAAAUCCUCUCCUUGACUUUAGAAACCUGAAACCUGGAAACAGGACGACGUCUGUUCUGUGUUUGUCCUGACAGUUGUCCAGUCAGCAUCUCCAGCUCUUUUGUCUGUUUCUCUGUCUCCAAACUUUUACCCAGAGGCCUUAACACAUCCUGUCGCCCCCUGGUCAACCGUCUUAUCUCUCACUUCUAUGCAGGUAAAAACUCAAAUCCUGUGAGUUUAUCUUUUUGUAUUUUUAUCAGUAAUUAUCAUUCUAAAGGUCAAAUACUCAGCAAGUAUGAAUUGUAGUAUCUGCUCUACGCUGUGUCUGCUUUAGUAGUAUAAGAGAGUAUAAUAUUAAUAUAUUCUAACUGUUUGUGUGUCACAUAUAUAUGAUAUAUAUUGUUAUAUAUCUACAUAUAUUUUAGAGCUGUAACGAUACAGUGUUUGCAAGUAUACACAUACAUAUAUAUUUGUAUACAUAUAUAUAUGUAUAUAGAUACUUCUUAUAUGUGUGUAGCGUUUUGCACGUUUCGUACCAGAAAGUAUCAAACUAUUAUGCCAGUACCGAGGUACAACCAACCGUGGUCUUUCGUACCGUUACACCCUUAAUAAAUAUAUGUCCAUAUAUAUUUAUAUGGCGUGUAGAUUUUUGUUCCAAAUUUAGAGAAUAGGAUCAAAGUGUUGGAGUCAGACCACGCCCACACUCCAACCUUUCAUUGGUUAAAGUGAUGGAGUCACCCUAAAGCAGGGGUGGCAAAGUGUUCCACAAAGGGCCACUGUGGCUGCAGGUUCCAGAGCACAGUGACUGACCAAUCAGCUGUCUGGAGAUUCAGACCAGUUGAUUAAAAGAGCCAAGUCAGGUGUGCUGCUGCUUGGUAAGACACAAAACCUGCAGCCACAAACUGUUCCUUUCUGGAACACUUUGCCACCCCUGCCCUAAAGCCUUGACUAAAAAAAACCUUCUGUCAUUUGUAGAAUAUUUCAAAUAGAUUGAAAGUUCCACGUUUGUUCUAGGUUCUCUGCUUAUGUUGAGCUUUUUCUGUUAAACCUUAGCUUUUUUUCCACUGGUCACUUCCUUCUGUUCAAACAGUUCAACUGUGGGUGAUGCUGUUACAGAAAGAGGAGUUGAAGUUCCACAGAGGAGCUGCCUCUCUCCUCACUUUAGUCUAAAGAGAAAAACAUCACCCUUUAACAAUGUUUGAGGUCUUCUGUCUCUGUAGUUCUACUUUUUUUGUACUCUGUGCUGGUGUUCGACGUAUGUUACACUGAAAGUAAAAAAAAAGCUUUCAAUAAAGAUUUUAUUCAA